AUGGCUAACGAAUAUGGGCCUCUGUCCAUCAUCAUCUCUGCCACGUCAGCCGUCGCAUCCGCCACGUCACCUCUCCGCCAGUUCAUCUGGUCGGCUGUGCGCCUUCAGCUUUUCCUCGCCUCCACCUGCCUUUCCGCCAUCUGCGCGCUUCCACUGCUACCCUUCCGCCUGCUCUCCGCCGCCCUUCGCGAGAACAAGGUGCGCGCAGGGGGGCGUGCCGGAUGGCAAAGGCAGGUCGGAUUCCGCACCAAGAACGCGCGCAGCAAGAACGCGCGCAGUAAGGCGGCGGGGAGCUUGCGGGUUCCUUUUUCCCAGAUCCGUCCUCACCACACUCGACCUUGCCUCUCGCUUCUCCUCGUCGCACUCCACAUGCGCGCAAGCCUAGCGGAGGCGCAGCAGCAGGGCGGGUACUGGCGCGAGGCGGCGGCGGCGCUGCAGCAGCGCGCGAAGCGGGAGGAGGCGGCGAGGGAGGCGAGCGAGGCGGCGGCGCGCGAGGCGGCGACGCGGCUGAGGAAGGCGCUAUCGCAGCGCGCGCAGCUUAAGGAGUGCCUCCAGCGCGCCGUGCGCGAGCUGGGCGAGGAGGCGGCGGCGCGGCAGGAGGCAGAGAGGGCGCUGGCGAGGGAGCGCCACCGCGGUGCGCGCCUGCAUGCCGACCUGCACGCCUCGAAAUCGCGCUGCUCCCAGCUGCAGGCUGACCUGGCGGCUGCCAGCCUGGCACUCGGGCGGCUGAGGGAAGAGCUGGCGGCAGCGACUCAGCGGCUGACGGCGUGCCAGGUGGCAGCGGAGGAGGCAGCAGCCCUGGAGGAGAGGCGAGGCGGGGCGGGUGGGGGGGGGGCGGUGUGGGGUGGCGGGGGGGAUGAUGUGCAGGAUGCGAGCAGAGGCAGGGAGGGGAGAGGGCAGCGGGGAAUGCGUGGGCGUGGGAGUCAAGUGGGGGGGACGACGAGGGUGUUUCAGGGGCGGGGAGAGGAGGCGUGGCAGGGUGAGGAGGGUGAGGGGAGUGAGGGAACUACAUCUGCAUGCACCACCGCCUCCUCCGGUUCUCACGCCCCCACUGCCACGCCACCCCCCUCUCAUCGCGCCUCCUCGCCUGCUCUCCCCCCAUCACGACAACCCCAGCCCCACGCGCUGGCCCUCGCCACUGAGCCCCUGCUGUGGCGGGCAGCCCUCAAGGCCACUGCGGCUGCACUGCUGCUCGCCACGCUGCUAGCGCUGCUCGCCUGCGUGCACCCGCAUUGCUGCCCGCCCGCCCUCCUCGCGCUGCUCGCCCUCACUGCCCUCGCUGCGCUGCUCUCUGCACUCGCCCUCGCCCUCGCCAUGCCCGCCCGCCGCCCCUCUGCCUCGCCCGCUCUCUCCCCCGCCUCCUACCGCGCUCGCAUGGUGGCAGCAGCAGCGGUGGCAGCGGUGCCGCUCCUCUGCGCCUGCUGGUUCGCCCUCGGCCUCCUCCUGCACUCCAUGCCCCCCUGGCCUGCCGUCUCAAAGGCACUCUACUCGCAUGCCCCCGCCUCGCUGGAACGCGCUGUCUUAAGUUUCUGGUUUUCUCCCUGCAGUGCUCGCCCAUAA